AAAUUACUUUAAAGGAGAUAAUCUUUUUAGUUGUUUAUAUCGGUGGGAUCAUCGAGGAAGAACCGUAUCAGUUUACAGAACGAUGCUAAAUGAAGAAUCGAUUCAUUUUUUUCUGAUUCCUAGGGAUAGAGUCUUGACAACGUCCAACAAACAAAAGGAUGGAUGUCAAACUAUCUUCAAAGCUCUGUUUCGCAAAGAAAACUGUCUAUGCAAGCCAUGGGAAUGAGAAUAUUGACAAAAGGAGAGCAUUUUUAGGAGAAAUACCUUUAAUCUUUCCUGCUUUUUGUGUAAUUUUGUGAAACAUUAUGAAAUAUGAUCAUGAAUUCUGAAUUUUAGAAUACUCUUUCAAAAGUGUUACAUUGCUGGUUUUAAUAUUGACAUAAUUUCUGGAGCAACACGAGAAAAGGGCGGAUAAGCAUUUUGACAGCUAGAACUAUUGUGUAAAUUCCGAGCCAACAGGUAACCUUUUCACAAAAUUCGAUGUGUUAAACAAUAGCUGGCCUUCCCAGCAACUUUCUAACGGUGGGGGAUUUGUUAAAUAGUUACCCGUUGGCUCUGAAUUUGCAAAAUAGUUCUAGCUGUCAAAAUGCUUAUGCGCCCUUUUCAAAUGUUGCUCCAGAUUUGAUUAUAAAAAUAGUCAAAUUUAGUUGUAUGUAAAUCCUUUUGUAGAUAAUACUCAUUGUGUAUGUCAAAAAUUAUAGUUAUGGUUUACUUAGUUUGAAAGAUACUAAAAUUUAUCUUAAAUCACGGCGCCACAGAUCCUGGUAGAUCCUGGCGGAAAAGAAGUAUACGUCAGUGAAAUAAUCAGCUUGUUGAAGAGACCGCAAAUGAGACCUUUAUGCGACCACACGGCUCGUAUACAAUAAUAUAAUUACACAAUUUUUAUCACUUUUUCCUCAGCGCGAUACGCACGAGAGGGCACGCCGACGAGACUGAAUACAGUGGAAAGAGCGAGUGAGCGCAAAUGGGCGGUGUGAUGGUGGAUGAAUCAAAUGUUAGUCCCGGCAUGUUUGCGAUGACAAUGCAGGAAAAACAAAACUCAAUCAGAUGUUUCGUGGGCUUGUUGAAACCAGUUUUGAGCAGUUUUUUAGAUAAUAACAGGUUGACAAGACAGAGAUUUGGGUGAUAUUAGCAAACAUGUGAUUUAUAUCAAAUCAUCUUUUUAAGAUUGAAAGUGUAAAACUAAAAUUAUGGGAAUCUAAGAACAAAAUUUCAAUGAUGGCACGGUUGUUAUCCAAACACUGACAUCUAAAAUUGGUUCUGUCAAGGUUUUAACACCCGGCUUUUUAUGUCAUUGUAAACAUACCGGCCGAUAAAUGGGUGAACACAAUUCGAUUCAUUUAGGUUCAUUCGCCCUUUCCACUCUAUUCAUUCUCGUUUUGUCCUCGUGUUUGCGCACUAAAGAAGACUGUAUUUUGUGUGAUCAUUUUAUUACAUUCAAUAGGGUGAUACAAAUUUGACUUUUUUGGGAAGUCAAUAGCUCGAUCUCUAAUUUGUUCUGGGCCAAAAUUCCACCGAGCUUAGAUGCUUUUCCCAAAAAGUUCAUCGUCAAAUUUGCUUCACCCUAGUUUCAACAUGCCUGUUUGUAUUCGUAGAGAUAGAUGUUUCUGGCGUUUUUUGGUUGGCCCAGCUUCAAAACUUAAAACUAAUCUCUUUAAGAUUAGUUCAGUGUCGUAGUUUGCUGUCCGCGGUAAAGUCCCGUGAAAUGAUGAGAAGUGAGAUUCCAAAAAUCAUCCUGGCCAUCGCGCUGCCUUUGGUUGGCGGAUGGAUCAACGGAUAUCUGACCAGGCCGGAGAUUGCUGGCUGGUACCAGGGUUUGAACUUGCCCUCGUUUCGACCUCCGAACUGGGUGUUUGCUCCAGUGUGGACAUCACUGUACAUCGGCAUGGGUUACGCUUCCUAUCUGGUGUGGAGAGACGGUGGAGGGUUCAACGGAAAGGCCAGAGGACCACUGAUCCUUUACGGAGUUCAGCUGGCCCUGAACUGGGCUUGGACGCCGAUCUUCUUCAAGCUGCACGAGCUCAAAUGGAGUUUCGUGGAAUCUCUUGCCCUGGCCGGUGCGGUUGCCGCCACCGGAUUUGCGUUUUCCAAAGUUAACAAGAUUGCCGGAUACGUCUUCAUUCCGUACUUUGUGUGGUGUUCGUAUGCCUCGUUGCUGAACUUUGUGAUUUACAAGCACAAUCCCGAGCAAACUGCCAUCAUAGAAGCGAUCACGGAAGGUAGCUGAAAAUUUCAACUCUUUAGAUUUCGAGCGCGCCUAAAGAACCUACUUUUCUAUAAACACAUCCAUUUAUUAGAGUUCUGUUAAGUUAUAAUUGUAUGAUACAUCUACAAUAAAUGCAUUGAAACGUAUUAUUCUUUAAAAGUAAUAAACAAUUGUAUUCAUAGAAACCAAAAUCUAAUAUUCAAUG